CAGCAUGAUAGCCAUUCCGACGGGGUGGCAGCUCUAGCCGGUCAAAAUGUAAACAAUAGCUUCAAGUUCUGGACGAGAUCAUGACCUACGUGAUUCUGGGCUCCGGUGGCCACACGGCCGAGAUGGGUCGUCUGACCCAGGCCCUGCUGCAGCAGGAGGAUGCCACGAAGGCGGCCAGCUACCAACCAAUUCGCUUCAUUCUGGCCAGCAGCGACUCCACCUCGGAGCAGCAUCUGCGCCAGCUUCUGCCGAAGCAGGCCACCAAGGCGGAGUUCAUCCAGGUGCCGCGCAGUCGCAGCGUGGGCCAGUCCUGGCUCAGCAGCAUCUUCACCACUCUGUGGGCCCUGCUCUGGAGCUGCUACCUAGUCUGGCGGGAUCGUCCGCAGUUGGUCCUCUGCAACGGUCCUGGCACCUGUGUUCCCUUCUGCUAUGCCGCCUUCCUGUGGCGCUGCAUGGGCCGCCUCCCCUCAAAGUCUAGAAUCGUGUUUGUGGAGAGUUUCUGCCGGGUGGAAUCCCUCUCUCUGAGUGGCCGGCUGCUCCUGCCGCUGGCGGAUCUCUUUGUGGUCCACUGGCCGUCGCUGGCCACCCGCUACUCCCACAAGAGCAACCUGCGCUACUUUGGCCGCAUUUUGUAAUUAAAUAAAUAAUCGUUUCCAUUUUUUAAAUGCA